CAGACACAGCCUUGCUGACAUAACGAAGACCCAUCGUCAAAUUUCGAGAUCAACGUUCGGCUUGUGAGACUUCGUUGAUUGAGGCAGCGGGCUGAACUUGUGUCAUCCGACCCAUUGAGCAGCAAAAAUGAAGGGCGAACGGCUCAGGUCAACAUUUGGCCUGCUUCUGCAGAGCGGCAGUGCCUUUUCAAGGACAGGACAGAUCCGACAACUUCACAAGACACGACCUGCGCACCCGAUCCCCAAACCCCGACCAUUCGUUCCCGAUGUGCCAACCUUCCUCACCCUGAUCGGCCGUGGCCUCAACAAGUACGCCAACAAGUUCCCCUCAUGGAACGCUCUCUUCUCCCUCACCUCGCCAGAACUCAAGGAAUUGGGCAUCGAACCACCCCGAAACCGGAGGUACCUUUUGCAUUGGAUGCAACGAUAUAGAAAGGGUUCGUUGGGCCCCGGGGGAGACUUUGAAUAUGUCAAGGAUGGACAGGCUCUCUUGAAGGUCGCAACACCGCCUCCUUCAGCCCUCAGCGAUACGAAAUGGGUUGUCAAUGUGCCCCACGACUUUACACCUGAUCAAAAGGUUCCUCAAAAGGCAACUAAGAAGUCUGCGGGCGAAAAGGACACUGGCUCAUAUCUGGUCCGACCAAACGGAUAUCGAGUCGUUGGUCACGAGACGAUUGCUGGACCCUUUGCCCAACCCAUCUCUGGAACGUCGGGGGCUAUUGUGAAGGUUACGGAAGGCAUGUGGGAGGACCGCCAGGGUCGCAAGAUCGAUGGUGGUGAGCGCAGAAGGGCUGAGGUCCGAUUCAAGAAGAGGUCGGCAGAGCGAAGAGCUGAGCGUGAGGCCGAGAUGCUGGCCAAUAUGUAAUAGUUGUGUAAAAGACAAAAACACAACAUGUACAUUUACAACUGUAGUUUUAGCAGAUAUGACUGGGGCUUAUGGAUGGCUGAGCAAAAGCAUGUUUCACUCAAGUGCUGUUCUCGGGUAUUUUUUGAUGUUCGAAAAAGACUUGGUAGCAUAUUAUCAAGCCUGUCUCGUAUCCAACUGGUAUAUCGGUUCGCCAUAUUCGUUUGGAGAGGCUGUGUGAACAUUAUGUCAGCGAUUAUGAAGAUAUCAUCCUGAGGCAUUGUAUCAGAA